AUGGCACCGAUUCCAACCGAUGCAAACGCGAUUCUUACCCUUCCCGCCUUCGCAGGACCGUCAGGCGGCGCGGCGAGCAGCAAGGAGAUGGAGCGCCGCGUGGCGGCUUAUCUGGCGGCGGAGCAGCAGCGGGACGGCCAGCUGGCACUGCUUACAAAUCGGGGGACGGCGAAUGGGUUCUUGCCACACGUCUCAAAGGCUCCUCCUUCCUGCACUUCCCUCUCUUUUCUCUUUUCUUCUUCUUUUCUCCCCCUCGCCUUCUUUCUCCCCCCUCGCCUUCUUUUCUCCCCCUCGCCUUCUUUUCUCCCCCCUCGCCUUCUUUUCUCCCCCCUCGCCUUCUUUUCUCCCCCCUCGCCUUCUUUUCUCCCCCCUCGCCUUCUUUUCUCCCCCCUCGCCUUCUUUUCUCCCCCCUCGCCUUCUUUUCUCCCCCCUCGCCUUCUUUUCUCCCCCCUCGCCUUCUUUUCUCCCCCUCGCCUUCUUUUCUCCCCCCUCGCCUUCUUUUCUCCCCCCUCGCCUUCUUUUCUCCCCCCUCGCCUUCUUUUCUCCCCCCUCGCCUUCUUUUCUCCCCCCUCGCCUUCUUUUCUCCCCCCUCGCCUUCUUUUCUCCCCCCUCGCCUUCUUUUCUCCCCCCUCGCCUUCUUUUCUCCCCCCUCGCCUUCUUUUCUCCCCCCUCGCCUUCUUUUCUCCCCCCUCGCCUUCUUUUCUCCCCCCUCGCCUUUUUCUCCCCCCUCGCCUUCUUUUCUCCCCCUCGCCUUCUUUUCUCCCCCCUCGCCUUCUUUUCUCCCCCCUCGCCUUCUUUUCUCCCCCCUCGCCUUCUUUUCUCCCCCCUCGCCUUCUUUUCUCCCCCCUCGCCUUCUUUUCUCCCCCCUCGCCUUCUUUUCUCCCCCCUCGCCUUCUUUUCUCCCCCCUCGCCUUCUUUUCUCCCCCCUCGCCUUCUUUUCUCCCCCCUCGCCUUCUUUUCUCCCCCCUCGCCUUCUUUUCUCCCCCCUCGCCUUCUUUCCUCCCCCCUCGCCUUCUUUUCUCCCCCCUCGCCUUCUUCUUUUCUCCCCCCUCGCCUUCUUUUCUCCCCCCUCGCCUUCUUUUCUCCCCCCUCGCCUUCUUUUCUCCCCCCUCGCCUUCUUUUCUCCCCCCUCGCCUUCUUUUCUCCCCCCUCGCCUUCUUUUCUCCCCCCUCGCCUUCUUUUCUCCCCCCUCGCCUUCUUUUCUCCCCCCUCGCCUUCUUUUCUCCCCCCUCGCCUUCUUUUCUCCCCCCUCGCCUUCUUUUCUCCCCCCUCGCCUUCUUUUCUCCCCCCUCGCCUUCUUUUCUCCCCCCUCGCCUUCUUUUCUCCCCCCUCGCCUUCUUUUCUCCCCCCUCGCCUUCUUUUCUCCCCCCUCGCCUUCUUUUCUCCCCCCUCGCCUUCUUUCCUCCCCCCUCGCCUUCUUUUCUCCCCCCUCGCCUUCUUUUCUCCCCCCUCGCCUUCUUUUCUCCCCCCUCGCCUUCUUUUCUCCCCCCUCGCCUUCUUUUCUCCCCCCUCGCCUUCUUUUCUCCCCCCUCGCCUUCUUUCCUCCCCCCUCGCCUUCUUUUCUCCCCCCUCGCCUUCUUUCCUCCCCCCUCGCCUUCGUUACUUAUCCCCUGCCCCUACUCAUUUCCCUUCGCCUCACGAUCCCCCCCACUGUUCCCCUCCCCUUGGCGGCAGUCCUUUGCGGGACCCGCCUCCGUGCUGUGCGCCGUCAUGGACGGCCAUGGCCGCUUCGGCCACACAGUAUCAGCUCGCGUGAGGGACUCCUACCCCUCGCUGCUCUCUCAACGCCUCUUCCCACACGCCUAUGGUGCUGACGCCACGUCACCUUCUGAUGCUGACAACGCAUCGCAAUGUGAUGAUGGUGCGUCAGUGGGGGGCGCUGCACACGUGGCGGAGCGGCAGUGGAGGGAGGCCGUAUGCGGCGCGUUUGAGGCCGUUGAUCGCGAGGUGAAGCUGCAUCCGGCCGUUGAUCCGCUCAUCAGUGGCAGCACGGCGGUGGUGGCGAUGGUUCAACACGAUCAGCUCUUCCUCACUAACCUCGGGGAUUCGCGCGCCGUGCUCGCUAGACGAGCACACUCUCCUGCUUCCUGCGACGCCACGUCAGCUGCUGAUGUGGCUCCCUGUCAUUCUGCCACGUCAGCCACGGCCGGACCCACAGCAACCGGUCCAACCCACCACCACCACCACCAAUCAGAUCAAUCCAGCUGUCACGCUCCUGUCACCUGUCAGGCUCUCGAGGCCGUCGCCCUGACUACCGACCACAAGUGCUCCGAUCCGGCGGAGGCCGCCCGGAUCCGAAAAGCGGGUGGCAGAGUGGAGGCGCUAGAGGACGAGAAACACGUCCAGAGGAUUUGGCUGCCCAAUGAGAUGGCGCCAGGGCUCGUCACGUCCCGGGCAGUGGGCGAUUUCCUGUUGAAGGGAUUUGGAGUGACCUGCCAGCCUGAUGUUACCGUGUUACCAGUGGAGGAAGGGGACGAAUUCGUCAUUCUGGCGACCGACGGGGUGUGGGACGUGCUCUCUCACGAGGAGGCUGUCUCUAUCGUUGCCACGUCACCAUCCCCUGCCACGUCAGCGGAACGCCUGGUGACGUCAGCGCAGGAGACCUGGGCGGCCAAGUAUCCCAAGGCGCGGCGAGAUGACUGCACCGCUGUGGUGCUCUUCCUCCGUACCUCCCUGCCGAACCUGAUCCCAGACCUGCCGUGCCCUGGUCCGGGAGAAGCUGGCUCGGGCGAAUCUGUCGGAGCAGGAGAGGUUGGGCAGUGCGUGGCAAUGGAGACUGCUCCAACUGCGCUUGAUUGGCAGGACGAGCAGGUUUUGGCGAAAAGAAUGUUGAGGAGAUACCAGGGGGGUGAAGAGGAUGGGAAGGAGCAGCUGAAGCAGGGCGUAAGGAUAGGUGAAUGA